AUGCGUGGCAUCUUCUUCACCGUCUUCACCCUCGUGGCCGCCGUCGCCGCGCAGGCACCGUACACCGGACCUUGCUCUGAUACCGCCUGUGGCGUGGAGAGCGAGAACUGCGAUGUCCAAGGCCGCCAGUGCUUCCCAUUUCCCAACAUUGCUCCAGCGCUCCAACACGGCAUAGGAACAUGGCACAUAAGCGACUACUUUGGCGCCAAGGACAUCGAGGACACCAGCAUUGUUACUUCCAUAGCUAGAUUUUGGCUCUUGAUUACAGCGAAUUGA